UUCUGAACAAAUUCAACUACGUCGUUUAAUGAAACGAGAUCGUUGUUCUGAAGAUGUCGCCAGGGAUUAUAUUUCUGUUCAAAUGCCUCUCAAGGAUAAAAUAAAAUUUGCUAAUUUUGUUAUCGAUAAUUCUGGUGACCUAUCUGAGACGGAACGCCAAGUUACCAAUGUAUUAAAAAAAAUACAACCAUCAUUGUUUAGUUGGUUACUAAUUUGGCUGGGUCCUCCUUUGUUAGCUACUCUGCCUGUAAUAUAUAUUGUAGCAAAG